AUUGUAAACUCAAAUAUACCGUAUAUAUAAUUUAAUGUAUUUUAUUUAAAUUGUUAAUAUUUAUAUGUUUUAAUAUGUUUAAUUAAUCAUAUACUUAUUAAUAUGAAUAUGUUUUAUAUAGUUUGAUAAUGUUAUUUUUGUAGUAAAUUCUAUUUUACUUUCAAUUUAAAGAUAUAUUAGAUUUUUGAUUUGCGUUUUUAAAAAUAUUAGAGUGACAUAAAUAGAUUUUUUUGUGAUGCUACUGAAACAUAAAGAGAGUGGUUGGUCGAGUUAUAGAUAUUUUAUAUUUAGCUUUAAUUUUUAUAUACAAUUUUAAAAAUAUCAAUCAUGUUUUAAGUUAAUUUCUAAAAGUAUAGCCAAAAAUAUAUAAAUUGCUGUAUAAUCAUGUUUAAAAUAGUAAAAUAAUUUUCUUGUUUCGAUAAGAUAAAUGAACUUUUUAGAUAUAAUGUUAAUUACAAAAACGUAGAUUCAAAUCAAAUUUAUAGUUUUUAAAAAUCGUUUAAUACUGAAUUAGUAAUCAUAUUCAAUUUGGUUGAAAUUGCAUAGGAAAUGCAAUUCCGCAAGAAUAUUUCCACGGAAACAAAAUAACUUAUAACGUGUUCCAUUUAAAAAAAUUAUUCAAUAUUAUAAAGUAUUUUUUAUUAAUUAUUUCUUGUCAAUCUGUAUGUUUGGUUGGUGUAUUGGAAUCAUGAAUAAAAAUUAAUCUACAUUUAUCAAAAAAAUACAGCGUACUUCUAAGAAAAAUCUAUUAAUAAAAGUUACAAAAAAAAUUAUUAAUAAAUAAUGUAUCUUUAUUGUAUUUGUGAAUUAGAGAAGUAGAUCAUUUUCAUUUUUGGUUCUUCUCCUCUUUUCCAUCUCUUCCAUUUUUCUUCCUCUCGUACCUACCAAACUUUUAUUACCUCAAUUUAUCAUUUUUCAUUAUCACAAUCCCAAUUUGUCUAAUUUCCUUUCAUAUUCUUCUUCAAGGUCGCGUUUUGUUGAUUGAUCAACACUCACAAUUGGCUCACCCAUUGGUUCUUUCAAAAAUCACCAAACUCUGUUUUGAUCAGAGAUGUCGACAAACAAUGACGUAACAGGCAAAGUCAUUGUGAUUAUGGGCGUAAGCGGAGCAGGCAAAUCUACCAUAGGAAAGAUGUUGGGAACAGCACUAUCUUGUGAUUUUCUAGACGCUGAUGAUUUCCACUCUUCAUCAAACAGAGAGAAGAUGCGCCAAGGCAUUGCUCUUUCGGAUGAAGACCGGAUGCCGUGGCUCGAGAAAAUACAAGAGAGUUUGCGAGAACGUUUGCUCAGUGGACAAACCGUUGUUCUCGCGUGUUCUUCGUUGAGAAAACAGUACAGAGAAAUCUUGAGAGGCUCCGAUCCUGAUUACAAACCUGGAAGCUAUUCGAGUUACAAGGUGAAGUUUGUGUUACUGGAAGGUAAUGCAGAGGUGAUCGCUGCUCGGUUGCAGAAGAGAGCUUCGGAGGGAGAACAUUUCAUGCCUCUCACUCUUCUCCGGUCUCAGUUUGAUCUGCUUGAAGCUGAUGACUGUGAAAAGAUAUUCAAAGUCAGUGUGGUUCUCACUCCUGAAGUUAUUGUUAAUUCAGUUCUUGAAUUGGUAUCCAAUGAUUUGAACUUUAAAGAAGAUAUAUGAAGUACUCGGCACAUUGUAUUAUUACUAUUCAUCUUUGUAUUCAACUUGUACUAUUCAAUAAUAACUUUAAAAACUAGAAUGAUUAAUGAUGGAGUAUUUAUUUGAAUAA